AUGUCUCACACAUCAAAUCCCAGCAGUGCAGGCUGCCAAAUAGACAUCAUAAACCACAUCCAAGCCAUCCAACAAAACUGGUUCAUCCACCCCGCGACCUCAGAAGAACCCAUCCUCCCACCCUCACUCCUCGCCGGCGUCCCAAUCAACUGCCUCCCGGCCCCAAUUAUCCAAGCCAUCCACGAACUCUCUACACUAACCAUCGGCCAAAGAGACCGAGCGCACAAUCUACUAAACACCUACUUCCAGGCACGCAUCCGCGAAGGCUCAUACAGUGGCAAGUCCCAAAAGAUCUUCGCCAUCUUGGAAAUCAGCGAUGUGAAGAAGGCGUGUGAGAGUUUGCGAAGAAUGAGCCGAGGUCGCGAGAUGCAAGGACCCGUCCCGAUCAAAGAAGAUGAAACGAGGAAGAGGAAGUACUCGAUUAGACAGGAGAUGAACGCCGUCGUUGAGGAUGAACAAGACGAAGACGCACAAAGACUAGCGAAACGACUGAAAGAGGAACUUUGCGUCAUCUCCGAAGACGACCACAGCAAAAACAACGAGCCUAGCACGCCAAUCUGCAUCAACUUCGAUGACAUAGCCACGCCCCCGGAUUCACAAGCUACGAUAACAGCAACACUUCCUUCUACAACUACCACACCGCAGACGCAGCGCCGCUCCCGCCCCCCUCCGAUUGUCAUUGCUGAGAUACCCACGCCUACAGCUACAUCUCCUGGAAUUGUCCCACCGUUUUCUUCUUUCACGCCCUUGUUCAAUAGCCUAGCCCAGGAGUUUGGCGGAGAUCCGGAUACGCCUUGUCCGGUACGACAGAACACGUACCAGCCCACGCAAUCAGAUCUCCUUAACAUUGCGGAUAAUAGUUACGGUAACGACAAACUCACCAGCAACGAUAAUAAUGCAAACGGCACUCUUUUCGAGUCCUACAUGCGCGAUACAUAUCCAGUGCCGAGGAUAGAUGCUCGGGUCCAGGCAGCGCAAAGAGCGACGCAUGAGUUUAAUAGGCGAAACGGAGGAUGGAAAGCGUGA